CCGCCUAUAUAAUAUACGUGUUACGUGGUUAACUAGACGCCCUUAUCCAUCUCUCUCUUUCUCUUUCACUUCUCUUUCUGUCUUUCAUAAUCAAAUUAAGGAUUUUAAUAAGAAAUGGCAGCCAUGACAAUAGCCUUGGUGAUUCUGAUGGUGGCGGCUGCUCCGGCAGUCCAAGGAGUGGAGCACAUUGUCGGUGGCGAUAACCAAUGGAGCCAAGGCGUUGAUUAUGUAGCUUGGGCUGCUUCCCAAACUUUCACCGUCGGCGAUACUCUUUUGUUUGUCUAUGGUACUACACACAAGGUGGACGAAGUGAACGAGGCUGAUUAUAAAAACUGCAAGUUCGGCAAUGCAAUUGACAGCCAUGACGAUGGAAAUACUUCAAUAUCUCUUACAAAAGUUGGUUCAUAUUACUUUGUAUGCCCAAUCUCUGAUCACUGUACCGGGGGCAUGAAGCUUUCGGUCAAUGUUGUGGCAGCAACCCCAGGCCCAACUGGAAGCCCACCAUCACCAUCGGGCUCCACCUCCCCAACUUCCCCGAACACUCCCCCCACCACCCCCUCCGAGACAGUGCCACCACCGCCGUCACCGGCUGAGGCGGCAAGUAUUGUUUGUAACAUGAAGAUGCUUGGGGUGACAGUUGUGUUGGCAGCCUUGUUGGUUGCAUUCAUGGGCUAGGGGAGAGGCAGUGCUAUUGGAUUUAGACAUAUAUGUUUGUGUUGUUGAUUUUGUGUGAUUUUCUAUUAUCAUCGUAUGAUGUAGAUUUUAUUUUGAUUUUAUAUUAAUAUUGUUUAUGGAUGAAUAAUCGUUUCUUAUACAAAUUCAUAUCCAUUAUAUUCAUAAAAGGAUUUGGAUAGAUUUAUUUAUUUGUCUUUCUGAA